GUUGUUCUUUUAUAUCUAUUUAUGUGUGGCGGGGAAGGGGGCGUUGUUUCCCCUCGCCUUAUGUGGAGACCUAUGGGGGUGACAUCCCACAGGGCUUGUUUCUCGUCAGGCCUUGAGGCGACGGCGCCCCCGCACCCCCCUCCCUUGGCGGCGGCGGCGGCGGCGGCGGCCAUGUUGCGCGCGGCGGGCGUCGCGGGAGGCGGCCUCCUCACGAGCAGCGCUGGGCUGGGCUGAGGCGGUUGCUGCCGGCCUCCCCGCCCGCCCGCCCGCCCGCCCGCCAGCGCGCCGCUCCUUCUUCCCUCUCUUCUCUCCGGGACGUCUCUCCGCACCGCCGCGCCGGCAGCCGCCCAGCAGCCCUUCCCCGCUGCCGGAGCCCCGCGACCGAGGAGGGACCGAGGAGAGCCUCGCCGGCCGGCCGGCCGCUCCCUCCCACGCCGCCAUGGCCGGGCACAGCGGUCACCCCCGCGCCAGCGCCGCCUGCAUCGUGGUGAGGGGCCGAGAGGGGAGGGGGCUGGGACGGGGGGCUGCGGACAUAGCCCCACAUGGGGCGGGGGGGCGACCCUCAAACCCCCGCCCUGCAAGGCAUGGGGGCAUCGGGGCUUUCUCCCCCCCCCCCGCCAAGUGGGUAGCUGGGGUGGGGGACCCAUAAUGUGGGAAGGUGCUGGAAGGCCAAGGGCAGGGGGCCUGGAGCCUGCGGGGCGGGCCCGGAGGGUGUCUGGAGAUGUGGGGUCCGCUUAAAAGGAGGUAGGGGGGCGAGGCCCCUGUGGACCUCCACCUCCCCCGCAGUUAUCCCCUCCACACGCCACCCCCAAAAUGACUGUGAUGGUUUGCAUAUAUUAUUUCAUAAAAUUCAUACACCAAUUGAUGGCCCCCAAAAAGAGAAAAACACAUUUAAAAGCCUCAGAUCGGUUUACAAAAUGUGAUAAAACUCUAAAAUCAGGGGAAGGGGAUGAUUGCAAUGCAAUGCAAUGUACAAGAAGUUUAAAACACUCAAACAGAUAAAGAGGCACACCACCAGCAUUUCUAAGAAUCUGGCUGUAUACCGUAAUUCCAGGUUUUGUUAAGGGGCAGUUGGUUGACAUACGAAAAGUGUGCUGCCUUUGGGAGUGAAGCCUUGGAGGGUUUCAGCUGUGGCUGCAGAGCCCAAAAGGGGAGAGCCAUGUUUUGUUGCAGGCAGGGCAGGCGAAGGAGCGUCCAGUUGGUUGUUUGCUGAAUUUGGGGAGGCUGAUUUGGACCAGGGUCAGCCCUCCUCCCCACAUCCCUACUUUUGAAGGGGUGCUGGGGGAGGGCAGGGUUAGCGCCUCCUCAGGAAACUCUGGAGAGGAGAAUGAUAACCUGGAACAGAAGGAAAAAAGAUUUUGUUACAUUCAGAGAGUUGGGGGAAUUAAUAUGUACCCCCAGCUAAUAGGGUUCAAAGAGGAAGGAAGGAGAAGGUGAAUGGCUUUAAACUGGAGGUUAAUCUAGGGAGGGUUGAAGAGUUUAAAGUGGAGGGGGAUAUUCAUUUGGUGUCUCAAGGAAAAAGAGGUUUUUAAAGGGGGGAAACGAUGUUUUUCAGUAGUGUUACUGAUAAGGGAUAGAAGGCUUAACUUGUACAAGCACUCAUGACCCUGACCAUAAUCUGUAUUUCUAAUAUACUAGGGAUGAUUUUUUGAGGUAUAAAUAAAGAAUCAGGUUUCUGGGCAUAUUCAGAAUGCCUUCAUCUCAAGUUAUGCCUUUUGCAUCAAACCAUUACAAUAAUUUAUCUGUUUAUAUAUGGAUAUUGCCAGAGUUAAUAUCUACAAAAGUAUGCAACUAUUUUUUGUGUUCUUAAAAAAAAUAUAUUAGGCCUACUGAGGUCAAUCAGCUUAUUUCUAGGUAAGUGGUUUAAUGUUGCAGCCUUAGACACAUUUGGGCUGCAAUCCUAAACCCACUUGCCUGGGAGUAAGCCCACUGAAUUCAGUAGGACUUACUUCUGCAUUUACAUGGUUAGGAUUGUGCUGUGUAACCUAUUAAACUCAGUGGUGCUUACUUCCUAGUAAAUGUGCAUAGGACUGUGCUCACCAAGCACAUGUGAAGAUGAGUAAUUUCCUGUUCAAGGAGUCUAGUUCUGAAAUAUGUUUCUUGUGUGUCCUUGACUUCAUUAGCUUGAGCUAGCCAUAUUUGGGUUUGAUGCAAAUAAAAAGGACUCCAACUGAUUUCUGUAACUGAACAUGUCAGCAUGUUCAGUUGGAUAAGACAACACCAUAAGUUUGAACAUUUUUCAUUAAAUUAACCCAAUGCCUUACUUACUAUGAAAGUGGAUUUUGAAUUUCAGUUUUCCUCAUCUCAGGAUAGUUAUUCUUUCUUUCUGCAAUACAUAAGUAUACAACUGUAUACAAUACUUAUAUUAUAUUAUAUUAUAUUAUAUUGUAUUAUAUUGUAUUAUAUUACAUUAUUAUUAUAACUUGAGGGGUAGAAUUAAGGUGGGGUGUCAAAAGCCAGAUUUAGUAGGAAGAGAGAGAGGCAUCACCACAAGUCAGGGAACCCCAAAGUUUCCUCUGGUGAAAUACUUUGAAAUGUCAGCAACAUGGCAUCUUUUAUGUUAUCAUUUGAACCCAGGCUUUCUAAACUGAUGUUCAUAGAGGAACUGCUACCACUGCCUGACUCCUACUUCUUGAAUUGAAGGGGUACAAAAGUCUGGAUUGAUCAGUUGCUGUUUAACGCUGGUCAAGUUCUAUGCAAGGAGCUUGGCUCCCUGAUAUACUGCAGAGCUUAGGGCAUAGACAAGCUUGGAGGUGGCUUGAACGCAAAUGAAUGAAAACUCCAGUGGAAUGCAAUUGAACACUGGCGAGCGAUCAUCAUCAAGCUUACUUAGUGGCAGUGAAUGAUAGCAAAGUAUGCCUCCUCGCUGUGCUGUCCAGUGCAGAGCUUUUCUGGGUAGUACCGGGCCUUUUACAGUUGGGCGCAAAGGAGGUGGGAGAACAGACAGUAGCUCACUGUGAUUUGGUUGCAAAGCAUUGGAUAAAACUGAUUACAUCUGCCAGGAUCUUGACGCCACUGUUUACAGCAGAUGAAUCUCGAGGGGUGUCCAGAGCACAGUCUAGUCCUGUUGUGUUGGAUGAGUUUCCGUUAGUAAGGCUCAAAGACAUGGACAAGGUGCUAGGAUCGGUCAGGGCACUCGCUUUCGCUCUGGACCCUUGCUCCUCCUGGCUGAUAGAAACUAGCAGGGGAGGGACAGCUGGCUGGGCCAGGGAAGUGGUUAAUACCUCUUGCGAGAGGAGGAGGUGGUCCCUGCCCGCUUCAAGGAGGCAGUGGUGAAACCACUCAGCCAAGAAAUCCUCCCUGGAUUCAGAACAUUACUUCUGUUGUCUAUGCUCUGGUAACCUCUAGGUUUGAUUGCUGUAAUGCAUUAUAUGUGAGGCUUCCUAUGAAGACGGUUUGGAAACUUGGUGCAGAAUUCAGUGGCCAGAUUGCUCACCAGGGCAAGCCAGUUUGAGCAUAUUACACCAAUCCUGGCCCGACUGUACCAGUUGCCAAUUAUUUUCCAGGCUCAGUUAAAAGUGCUGUGUUUUGACUCAGAACUGCAAUACCUCAAGGACCACCUCUCCCCAUAUGAGCCUACCCGGACCCUGUGAUCAUAAUCGGAGGCCCUUCUUUGUGUGCCUCCUUCAUGAGAGGUCCAGAAAGCCACAACAUGAGAAUGCCUUUUCUGCGGUGGCUCCUUGUUUGUGGCAUUUAAGGGAGGCUCACCUGGCACCUUCAUUAUAUAUCUUUAGGUGCCAGGCAAAAACAUUCCUCUUCUCCCAAGGCCUUGGCUAGUUUAGCAAUCUACAGCCUUUUGAAUUGUUGUUUUUGUUCUUUACUAUGUUAUGUAUUUGGCCCUUCACCUGUGAUCCUCUGCUGAAGUGCAGUAUAGAAAUUUUAAUAAAUAAAUAAAUUCUCUCAUAGUAGGCACUGCAAGUAGGGGAACCCAAUCUGGGGUCUUCCAGACACCAGUAAUGCCCACUGAUAGAACCUCUAUCUCUGGCAGAUGAACUGAAAUGCUCAGUUCAGUGGAAAGAUGAGAAAAUGUUAUUUGAGGAACCCAAUAAUAAAUACAGAGCCAACAGGGUUCUGCACAAGCCUUCUGAUAAAUCUAAACAUUUGCUGUUUAUGGAUUGCUGCAGCAUAUUUUAUUCUAGCCCUUCAGGUGUUUUUGACUAGAGGGUACCAGUUUGGGGAAGGCUGUUCUGUUCCAAGUGCUACAGUCUCCGUGGAACAUUAAGACACAUUUUCAGCAUCUAUUUAUCACAAGCCGGGUUCAGUUCCUUUCUGCCAUGUGGGUGUUAAUCAAUUGGUUUAUGAAGAGGCAAAGGAGCAUGGUGUUCCUCUCAAGGCCAUUGCAUAAAAGUGCGUCUGGCUUGCUGCUGCAAUCAAAUUAGUUGUUUCUACCUGCAGAAUGUUUCUCAUGAGACUAUAAUUCACAACGAGGGAUUCUUUAGUUGUAUUGCUGCUCAGUAGCAUACAGGACAGCCAAGUGUGGUUGGUAGCAGAAGCAAUUAAAAAACCACACACACAUAAUCAGUAUGUAGAUCUUAGCUUUGAUAAGGGGAACAUGCACCUCUCCAUGCCUUUAAAAGUCGCCAAAUGUAUCUCUAGGACUAAUAAGGUCUAGUCACUUACUGCUGUUUGAAACUGAGGUUUUCAGUAUUCUCUAACAUAUUUUAAACAUUCCGAGCAGUGUUUUGUUUUUGAUAUCUUGGGGUUAUAUUAUUUUAGGAGCUGCUUGUAGUGGAGUAUCCUGGCUUUUUCUCAAACUUUUAGGUUUUUUAAAUCAAAUUCCACCUCCAAAAAAAAACUUCUGUUGUUGCUGUUUUCAAAAAAGCCUCAGAAAUGUGGGAACUGAAAGGGUCAACAUAAUGUUGUUUAGUCGUUUAGUCGUGUCCGACUCUUCGUGACCCCAUGGACCACCAGAGCACGCCAGGCACUCCUGUCUUCCACUGCCUCCCGCAGUUUGGUCAGACUCUUUGUAGCUUCGAGAACACUGUCCAACCAUCUCGUCCUCUGUCGUCCCCUUCUCCUUGUGCCCUCCAUCUUUCCCAACAUCAGGGUCUUUUCCAGGGAGUCUUCUCUUCUCACGAGGUGGCCAAAGUAUUGGAGCCUCAGCUUCACGAUCUGUCCUUCCAGUGAGCACUCAGGGCUGAUUUCCUUAAGAAUGGAUACGUUUGAUCUUCUUGCAGUCCAUGGGACUCUCAAGAGUCUCCUCCAGCACCAUAAUUCAAAAGCAUCAAUUCUUCGGCGAUCAGCCUUCUUUAUGGUCCAGCUCUCACUUCCGUACAUCACUACAGGGAAAACAAGGUCAGCAACCACACUACCUGGGGUGUACGGGACAACCAUUUCUUUCUGGUAUAGUUCCUCUGUGUAUUCUUGCCACCUCAGCAUAAUACCUAAUCACAAAUACUGUAUUGUCCUCCUCAGAGUCUACUUCUUCCCCAAAGCCUCUCCCAAACUACUUCCUCCCCUGCCACUUGAUUCCCCUCAACCCUUCCCCACUUUCUCUCCCUGGUCCCUGGUCAGCUGUGCGUUCUGUGCAGUGCCCAGCAUUCUCUUGGUGCUAAAGUUUGACUGUAGCAGAAUCACGAUUCCCAGUUCAAAGAUGGGAGGAGAUUGUAGUUGUCUGCAGUUUUCAACUGGUGCAUUCCUCCCAGAGUCAAUGAGUCUCUGAGUAGGAUGUGAAGGCUGUGGUGGCAGAUAAACCCAUGAGUAGCAGCAAAUAUACAUCAUUCAGCUUGCCUUCCUAGAGGAGCCCUCUUUGCUGGAGGGUGGGGAGGAGAAAACUGUACUUGCAUGCUCUGCUGUGGAGCUUUGCUGUCAUGUAUUUUGAGGAUUCAAGUCAGAAAUGGUGCACCAUUGUCCUCUAUUGAUCCCACUGACUCUUCCAUAGCUCUGAAAGUUCUCAUUGCCUUGCCUAGUCCUUAGAUGAUAUUUUCUCAAUAUUAUUUUUAUUUAACUUUUCCCAUUUUUCCAUUAUAAAUGAUAACCCACCCCCAACUGCACAAACUAUCUUUGCAUCAAAAUAUUUUUCCUUCAUCUCAAAGCUAAUUAACAGAAUAAAAUCCAUUCCCCGAUAUCUUUUUCACUGGAAAUACCAUAGUUGAAGCCCCCUGGAGCCUCACGCAGGCAAAACAUACACUCUGCCAAUAGAUUAUAGCCUUGAAUUUUUGAGUAAUCCCAGAUUAUGAGGCUUUUUUAUAUAUUUUUGUUCUCUGGGAGGAUAUGUAACACAUUGUACCUGACCUCACCUUUUCUGUUUUCCUUUUAGAUUGGAGAUGAUGAACAAGGAUAUGACCUAGACUUGUUUUGCAUACCAAAACAUUAUGCAGAAGAUUUGGAAAAAGUAUAUAUUCCUCAUGGGCUUAUUAUGGACAGGUUUGUUUUACUCUCAGCAAUAUUCAAAAAUGAUUAUUUGCAUGCAAGCCUCUGCAUGUUUGUUCUAAGGAGGUUUUACUUUAUGGUGGCUCUUGCAGCUUGCUUGGAAGCAGUGUCUGGUUUACUGGAGUGUAGAUAAAUUGCCUCUGUACACAGUAAAGGCAGUUGCUGUGGAAGGGAACAUCUCCUAUGCCAGCAACACAAUGCUCUGAGGAGCACACCGCUCCUCCUGGGUUGGACUUCCUAGUUCAGUGGAACCCAAAUUGUGGUCUGCGGAUGACUGCUCCAUUCAGCCUGUCCACAGCAUUUAUGUAGAUUGUGGCUGAAGACAAGAGAUGGCACAUCCAUCACAUUAAAUAUUGAUACUAAUUCGUAAUAGUAUUUUUAUUGUGUCUUUUAAUUCUUAUAUUGGGUUUUAAUUUGUAAUACAAAAAGUACAAUAUAUAAGAAGUAAAAAUGCAAUUGCAAAUCAAAUGGCUUCUAGUGGAGUACAUUACCAUUGCUACAGCAAACAAAAAUCAUUAUGUGGUCCAUCAGCAAUUUUGAGGUGGUCUAAGGGGGUGGUGAAGCUUGGGAACCAUUGCUCUAAUUUUCUGCACCUCUAGCAAAUUGUUACCAGUUCCUGACCCAUAAAAAGACAGGUAAUUUGCCCAUAAUUCAUAUGUUAAUGAGAAAAGGGAUAUAAGGACAUACUGUAAAUUAAGUGUGUGCAUGUGUAUAUAUGAGGUAACAAGUUUCCUCACUGACACACUGGUGUAUAAAUCUUGAAAGCACAGAACUUUAAAAAUUUGAACAGCUUUCUGUUUCCUUGUUUCUGAAUUUCCGGAGUGUAUUGUUGGUGCCUUACUAAUCCAAGCUGCAGUAUGCUUUAAAAAGUGAAUUAAUUUACCUUCUGAAGACCUGUAUGCUUCAUAUCUUUCGAAAGUUGUCCAGUAACUAGGCAGAGACUGAGAUUUACUUUGGCACAUGCUGCCCUGUAAAAUCAAGGGAGUUUGGCAGUACUGCUAUUAGAUUAACCUUGACAAGUGAGAAAAAGCAGAAAUGUCACUGACCAGUAAAUAGCCCUAUUUUGUCAGAUGGGAGAUAAAUACAAUAUCAGGGAAAGAUGCUCUGUUGGCUUUAUCUUUGCAUGAAUGCUUACCAUGGUUUGUCCAAGCCAGUGGGGGUGAAUAAUAACAUGAUAUAAUGAGAAUAAUUUUCAGUCUCAAGUCCUUGAAGGAGGGCCUCUCCUGUUACUUGUCAGUCUGGGUGUUAAAAUCUUAUUGGGACACCCUUCUUGCAAUCCCACUGGUGAUUUCUACUCAGUGGGCAGUUGUGUGGGGAAGAGUCUUAAUAGUCUUAAGGCCCCAUCUGCAUAUAUUUUUUCUCCUCUCUCCAGAACUAUGGCUGACUUCUUUCUUCCUGAGUUUUCCAUGUGGUGUGAAGACACAUCUUUUUGGGCAGGCCUUAGAGUAGCAGUUUGAUUUUAACUCAUGUUCUGACUCUUAGUCUUUUGGAAUAGUUUUAUAUUUUUAUGUUGUAAUUUAUUAUUCUUAUGAUAUAGAUUUGUAUAUGCCCUGGAAUCUCUGUGGAGGAAGGCUGGUUUAGAAAUGGUACAAAUAAGUGUGUGUGUGUGUGUGUGUGUGUGUGAGAGAGAGAGAGAGAGAGAGAGAGAGAGAGAGAGAGAGACCUGGCACUGCGCUCGGUGUGGCAAAUUAGUUUGUUUCUCUUUCCACAGAACAGAAAGACUGGCACGAGAAAUCAUGCAGAGUAUGGGAGGGCAUCACAUCGUGGCUCUCUGUGUACUUAAAGGGGGCUACAAGUUCUUUGCUGACUUGCUGGAUUAUAUCAAAGCCCUGAAUCGAAACAGUGACAAGUCUAUCCCUAUGACCGUUGACUUCAUCAGGCUGAAGAGCUAUUGCGUAAGUGUGUCUGCAGUCGCUCACGCAGAUGGCUAUCCAACCACUGUUUAAAAGCACCAAUGAAGGAGAGUCUGCCACCUUCCAAGGCUGCCUGUUCUACUGUUGAACGGCUCUUACUGUCACAAUGUUCUUCCUAAUGUUGUGUCAGGGUCCCCUUUCUUGUAAUCUGAACCUGCUGGUUCUGGUUCUGCCUUCUGGAAUAGAAGCAAACAAGCCUGCUGCAUCUUCCAUGUCCUAUUCAAAUGGCGCUGGAGGUUUUAAAGCAGAGGUUGGAUAGCCAUCUGACAGGGAUUCUUUAGUUGUGAUUCCUCCAUUGUGGGGGGUUGGGCUACAUGACUCUUGGAGGUCCCUUCUGUGGGGAUGUUUGAGGGGAUAUAUUAUUUUAUUAUAUCCUUCCAAACUUGCAUCAGCAAGUUCCAUAACUUAGCAGAGUUGUUAAACAAUCUCCCUUUUAAAUUACACAGCAGUUAGCUAGUUGCAGGCUUGUCUGAGCCUCACUAUUUAGGAUUCCUGGUUUUCCUUUUUAUAUCCCUCCUAAAAGAAUAGACACAACCAUAUGAUUAAAGUUAACAUAAAACUAGUUUACUUACAAUCAUCCAGUUCACAAUAAGAUCCCUGAAGGCAGACUUAAUUUACAGAACAGCCUAUAACAAUGUGAACUAUCCCAUAAGGGAAAUAGUCUCAAGUGGCUGCGAUUCAGCAGUCACUUCUCCUAACUCUUGGGAACACAAAAAAUGGAAAACAAAAAAGGCGGAACAUGGAGGCCAUGUGCUCAUCUGUCCAAGAACAGACCACACCACACUAAGUCACAUGCAAAGGAAGUCUGUCCCAGCUCAGGAGGAACUAGCAAGUUUUCUCCUGAGUGAUACAUUGCAUGUGCAUUGUAGGAAUGUUGUAUUUGACUACAAUACAUUUUUACAUCCUACACCUUCCAACUCUACAGUUCUGUGAUUCUAUGAGGAAUACCAUUGAUGUUAACAUUUAGCUGAGGCUUAGGUCCAAGGAGGAUAACAACUUGCUUUUGGAAAUUAUGUGCUUGGUUUUAUUUUUUGAUUAUUAAAGGUUUUUCUUUUACUUUAAGAAGGUAGGUGAUUGUUCAGUGUAACAUUUAUCAUUGAGGAAACAGAAAAUACUUAGGAGUUUAAAGUCAUAUAAGAAAAACUUAAACUAAGAAUUUGAAAAGCACAUAUGGAGUAUAUUAUUUCUGUGAUCAGGGCACUAUACUUCUGUGAUCCCAUUCCCCUUAACUAAGGACCUGAUUAAAGUACACAAAAAGGAGGGGAGAUAAGUAGAAACAACCUAAUUGGAAACAUAAAUUUAUAAUUUGCUUGAGUUGUCUGUGAAAUUAGAAAUUAAAUUGUUUACAGAGUUUUGAGGGUUGGGAUUAGGCAUGUUUACAAAGUAGGGUAUUGACAUCACAUGAGUGAUAGUAUAUUUCUUUUUAGACAUCAAUUUUUAAAGGCAAUUCUUGUUUGCUGUCAAAAGCACAGAUACAAGUAUGACAGCUUCCUUCUUCUUAAAACUACAAAUGGAAACAUUAAGUGCCUUCUUUUCUAGAUGUUUUGUACCUUUACACUUGUACCUCCUCAUAUUUUAAAAUAAUGUAGAUGUACUUUCAGCUAUCCAUUCUGUCAAUCGCCUUUUUAGUCCCUGGUACAUCCUUGACUGUCUCUUCCAGACAGACAGCUUUAUGUUCUACUGUGGGUGGGAGUGAUGUUUUAUGUUCAUUUUUAAGAGGCUUAGUCAAGGUGGGGGAGAAGCGCUCCUGUCUUUGUAAGUCGCUUUGAGUUCACAUUUCUGAAAAAAAACCUGAUGGGAGGAAGAAGACGAAGAAGAAAGAGGGAGCCUUAUUCUGUGCAGGAUUGGGAAAAUUUUCCUCUUCCUCUGUUGUAUGGUGAAUGUUGCCAGCCAGGAUUUACAAACUUUUUAAAAGCUUCAUUUUUCAAGUAGGGCUUUUGGUUUGUUGGUUUGUUUGUUUGUUUGUUUUUGUGUUUAGUGAAGAUUCACUUUAUUAUUAUUCUCCUCCAAACCCUUUCUUUUUCUUUUCUCUCUAAAAUCAGAAUGACCAGUCCACUGGUGAUAUAAAGGUAAUUGGUGGGGAUGACCUCUCAACCUUGACUGGCAAGGUAUGUAAUAAAUGGCGAUAGAUAGAUAGAUAGAUAGAUAGAUAGAUAGAUAGAUAGAUAGGGAAAUUUCUGUGAAGCACUUUUGUAUGCUACUAAUUUUCCAUCACCAAUUAGUUACACUUAAAGACAGAGCACAAUUGAAUCCAUUCUGUGAGAUGCAAAUAAAGGUGAGAGUGCACAUGCGCCAGGUUGCAAGGUCCUCUUCUCUCGCUGGCUGUAUUUUGCAACAGCACAAUUGCUGUGUAUGUUUUUGUUGCCCCUUCCUUAGGGGCUUAAAAAAAAUCAUAGAGAAAAAACACAUCAAUUCCUAUUAGCUGUUAUAGUGAAGUAGAACUUCAUUAUACAGAAGCAGCAGAGCUCUCUAUACCAGAUGCUGGGGACAAAAUCUGGGGAAGGUUAUUAUCCUCAUGCCCAAUUUGUAAGUCCCCAGAGGCACCUGAGAGUCACUGCAGGAAUGAGGACUAGGCAAGACUAUUGUUUUGAUCAAGUAGCCACUGACGGAUGUGGCUUAUGUUGUCUUUUGUAAAUGGUAGCACUUGCUACUAAGAAACAUUAUAAUAGAACAUGGCCAUAUCAACUGCAUGCAACACCUUAGGAGCAAUUUCCCUCAUUUUUGUUCCAGUGUUCCAUGCUGCAAAGUCUGUUUGUGGAAGGCAAUCUAAAUUUGAAAAAAGUAAACUGCAAAUACUCUUCGGGAGUCUUGUUACUUUAGAAGUAUAAAAGGAGACAACUGUGACCAAAGAAACAUAAUGCUACAGUAAUCAAGUCAAGGAAACAAUUUUAAAAACCAAAGUAUAAGACUUGAAAUCUGAAUCAGUGAAGUGCAACCUGUGAACAGAAUAUGCCUGGCACAGAUGUAGGCAUAUUAUGUUUAUUUGUGGCAUUUUGUUGGUUCAGGUUUCAAGUUUUUUAUUUCCCCUGACACUUUUGUUUCUAGGAUUAGCUCUUGCAGUCUGAUACAUCUUCAAAGGGACACAGGAAGCUGCAGGUCAGACUGCAGGCAUGCCUCCUUUCAUCGCGCCUCACUUUGUUGCACUCCGCAGAUACUGCUCUUUACGAGGACCAGGGUGCAGCUGCAGGCAGCCCACUCACUGUCAGGGAAGAGUUAGAAGUUUCCAGUUUAUCAGAGGGAGAAAGCAUUCGCCAAGGGGGGAGGGAGAGCAGUGAAUCUAAUAGAAGGGAGCAAGAGGAACAACAGGGAGGGACCGGCUGUUCCCAGGAAAGGCAAGGGUUCAGUUCUAGCUCAGAUUGGGAGGAGGGGAGAUACAGGCCAGCUCUAGCCAGGAGGGUAGGAAAAAGAGUGGGAAAGCGAAGGGAAGGGCACCUUUGCCAUUUUGAGGGUGGCUGGUCACGGAGAAGCAGAGCUCAGAAGGUAUCUGAAAGAAGUGACUCUGAGGAAUAGUAGUUAAAGAUAAGAACCAUUUAUAAGUUUGUUAAUACGCAAUAAAAAGUUAUAAAAGAACAAGAAGCGUUUGUGUGUGAUCUGAAGAGGACAACGACCAGUCCUGACACUCACUUCCAGUGGAAGAAAGCCCCCCCCCCCCCUUCUGGCCACAGCAGUGGAGCUGGCCAGGGCUGGGGCUGGGUUUUUCUCCUCCUGCCCUUGGUUGCAGGGGCCCCUUGCCUAGACUACAGCAUAGUGUAAACAUAGCUUUUAUAUCCAAAUGGAAACAACAACAACAAAAAGUGUGACUUGCUUUAUUGCAAUACUAGCUUUAUUGUGGUGGUAUGGAACCGAGCCUGCAAUACAGUGGUACCUCAGGUUAAGUACUUAAUUCGUUCCGGAGGUCCGUUCUUAACCUGAAACUGUUCUUAACCUGAAGCACCAUUUUAGCCAGUGGGGCCUCCAGCUGCCGCCGCACCGCCAGAACACGAUUUCUGUUCUCAUCCUGAAGCAAAGUUCUUAACCUGAAGCACGAUUUCUGGGUUAGCGGAGUCUUUAACCUGAAGCGUAUGUAACCUGAAGCGUAUGUAAGCCAAGGUACCACUGUAUCUCCAAUGUGGUAUGUGUAUUUGUCCCCCUAACCCAGCAUGUUUGCUCCAGUUAGCAAUGGUUCUGCAGGAUAUCUGGCAGCAAAGAGUCUCUUCCAGUCACCCAGUGGCGUAGCGUGGGGGGUGCAGGGGGGGCCGGCCGCACCAGGCGCAACAUCUGGGGGUUAGGGUUAGGGGGCGCAAAUCCACGGGUUAGGGGGCGCAAAUUACUUGCCUUGCCCCGGGGGCUGACAACCCACGCUACGCCACUGCAGUCACCUGAUCACCUACCAACCUGACCCUGGAGGGGCUUGGAGGGUGUUGAACUUUGGGCCUUUUGCAUGCAAUGCAGCUGCCCUACCACUGAGCCCUUCCCCUUAUCUUUACAGUAUUGAGAAGAUAAGACUUCUUAAAAUAUAAUUCUGGGGUGGGGAGCUUGUGCCCCUCCAGAUGCUGCUGGAUUACAACUCCUUGUGAUCAUCCUUGACGGUUGGCCGUGCUGGCAGUGGCUGAUGUGGGUUGGAUUCCAACAGUCUCUGGAGGGCCACAGGUUCCCCACUCCUGCACUUGAACAUCUUCUGAAGCGCAUCUUGUCUUCUUUGUAGUGCUGCUUCUGUCUAAUAGCAGCAUUCAUCUCAUCCUCUAUUUUGUGCCUACUGCUGUAUAGAGCAAGAAAUGUCCCCCAAAGGCUGUUGCAAUAUUCUGUUACGUCUCCCCUCUCCUGGUUCUGCCGUACAAACAGAGCUGCUUGUCAAGACAUUCAACUUUCAUUUGUCAUGUAAGGUGUGAAACGUUUCACUUCUAACAGUAAAUAUUAAUGACAGUAGCAAGUAAUGCUAUAAGGAUCAUACAAAAUUUUUGAAAACCUUAACCCCUCCCCUGCUAUCAGUUAUUCUCUAAGCUUUCACAGAAGGCUUCCGAUUGUGCCUCCCAGUAGAUAUAGAGAUGUAGGAUUGCACAGGACGUCUUGAGGUUCUGUCUGUAAGUGACCAUACCAAUGAUGCCUCUAGGGCCUUGGGUGCUCCCUUACUUGCACUCUGCAACCUCUAGGCUUUGUUUAUGUGGGGGUUGGGGGGGGUUCACCCCCUACUCAACUUCUUCAUGGAUAGAUAGCACAUUCACAUUUAGGUACAUGAUUCAGUUCUAAAUCACUCUCUACUUUAAAUAUGAAGACAAGUCAUGAAAAUAUGAAUGAGUACUCCCUGUUCUGAAUUCUAAUGUGGCACUAGUUAUAAACUGCCUUAUACAUAGUCAGGCCAUUGAUCCAUCAAGCUCAGGAUGGUCUUCCCUGACUGGCGAUUUCUCGGCAGGGUUUCAGAUGGAACAUUUCCAGCCCCUCCUGGAUAGCCAGGCAUUGAAAUUGGGACCUUCUGCUACUGAUCCAGGGCCGUCCUAAUUUUUACAAAGCUGUUCUGAUGAUGAAUGUUCAAUAUUUUUGUUGUUGUUAGCUUGCCCUUGAGAAGGUGCCUAAACUAGCUAAGCAAUAUCAGUGCAUUAGAAAGAAUAGGAUGUGGCACAUGUUGUAUUUCCUCUGGUACUAAUGCUUCCCCGCCCCCUCAGUUGGUUCUGAAACUUGUUGCAUUGAAAUUGGUACUUUAUUUCUGAACUGUGAUAAACUUUCGAUUUUGAGUUUGUGCUAAAGAGCAGUAGAAACCUGAGUCGUUUAACCACAGGGCAUAAUUUUGUAGCCAUUUUCUGCUGGUUUGCUUCAUAGUUGAAGUAUCCACCUAUAUUUGUGUGCUGGUUAAUCAGGGAAAUGAAAAAUGAAAAACAGGCAUCCUGAAAAGGUUUGGAUAAAUAUAAAUUGUAAACCAAGUGUUGACUUAAUUAAACUCAUGAGCAAUUACUCAUGAGUUUCUAUUUUUCUCUUUCUCCUAGAAUGUCUUGAUUGUAGAAGUAAGUACAACAGUUUACAUUUUCCUUUUUUAAUAGGUAUGAUUUGAGGUAAUGCUGUGAAACCAGUACAAAUAAUGUAGCACCAUUUUACUCCAGAACAAAAACUAUCCCUAAGCUAAAGUAUGGAUUAAAGCUCUCUCAAAAGAAAAAGCAAUUUCUCUUGUACGAGCACUUAAUUCGCAUGCAGUUUUUUUUACUACUAAGAUGGAUAGCCAAGAAUGCAUUGUUGAACUGAUUCUGCUUAAUUGCAUUGUGACUUAAUUCAGCUGGAGCUUGUUAAUAUUUUACACAAAAAUGCUCUUGUUCUUGUGGAGACCAUGUAAAGAGCUGAUCAAGUAUUGGUGUGCACUUCAAAUUCUGGGACCAUAUCCAUUUGCAGAUAUGUUCCCUUCAUCCCCCCCCCCCCUAUAAUUACUGACAGACACAAAUGAGCACCAAAUGACCCUGAAUUUUAUUCCUCCUCGUAUGUAUGAUUAUGAACCUGUAAGAGGUACUUGGCUGCAGCUUCACUUCACAAGGCUCUUUUUGUUUUAAAUGUCAGGAUAUAAUUGACACUGGUAAGACAAUGAAGACUCUUCUGUCUCUGCUUAAGCAGUACAACCCAAAGAUGGUGAAAGUAGCCAGGUAUGUUUAAUUCCUGCAUUUGCUACAAUUUGCUUUCUCAGGAACUUUUGCAGAAUGAUGAAAAAAGGUGGUACAGUUACACAUCUUUUUGUAUCCUUUUGAGGUCAGUUACGUUUAGGGGUUAAUAAGUGCAAGGUUGGGGGUGUUAAUUUUUCUCCAUUGCUUGUGCUGGAUAUUGAUCAUUGCCUUUGUGAUGAAGGUGCCCACAGUUAAAAGCAGCGGGCUCUCAAUCCACCUCUAUGCUUCAGCUGCUCAAGACUGAAUAACAAAGAGAACUAGUCUAAGGGAAAUUGCUUUAUUAAAAGGUUUUAACAGUUUAGUUUUUGGUCUAAAAAUGAGUGUCAUCUUGGAUCACUUCUCUCUUAAACACCCACAUAUUAUACUUACUCUUAGUAGACCUUCUGCGUUCUUAGUACAAUGACUCUUGCAUCUCACUCAGUAGCUAGCUUAAAUACUAAUUUUUAACUUUAAUUAUCAGAAUAACUCUGCCUUCCUAAACAAACUUCUUUAUUUAUUCUGUAUAUUUUGAGGAAAGUCUCCCACUGUCCACAGUAUAUUUUGAGCAUAGGUAAAGUCACUUUUCUGUUGCACAAGUUUCAUGGCAGUGCAGGGGCCUAGGCAGGGGGGAGAUGCUUCAGGCACAGAACGGUGAUGUGCUGAAUUUCCCCUUCUGGCAUCACUGAAGGAGGAAGAGAAUACUUUUCAAUGCCUGCUCCUCCUCAUACACAAUUGGUCAAAGAGCAGCCUUUGUUGUUUAGUCGUGUCUGACUCUUCGUGACCCCAUGGACCAGAGCACGCCAGGCACUCCUGUCUUCCACUGCCUCCCGCAGCUUGGUCAAACUCAUGCUGGUAGCUUCGAGAACACUGUCCAACCAUCUCGUCCUCUGUCGUCUCCUUGUGCCUUCAAUCUUUCCCAGCAUCAGGGUCUUUUCCAACUACCGCACAAUCGCACUCAUUUCACACGCUAGCAAGGUUAUGCUUAAAAUUCUACAAGGCAGGCUUAAGCAGUAUGUGGGCCAAGAACUCCCAGAAGUGCAAGCUGGAUUUCGAAGCGGCAGAGGAACUAGAGACCAAAUUGCAAACAUGCACUGGAUUACGGAGAAAGCUAGAGAGUUCCAGAAAGACAUCUACUUCUGCUUCAUUGACUAUGCAAAAGCCUUUGACUGUGUUGACCACAGCAAACUAUGGCAAGUUCUUAAAGAAAUGGGAGUGCCUGAUCACCUCAUCUGUCUCCUGAGAAAUCUCCAUGUGGGACAAGAAUCAUAGAAUCAUAGAGUUGGAAGAGACCACAAGGGCCAUCGAGUCCAACCCCCUGCCAAGCAGGAAACACCAUCAGAGCACUCCUGACAUAUGGUUGUCAAGCCUCUGCUUAAAGACCUCCAAAGAAGGAGACUCCACCACACUCCUUGGCAGCAAAUUCCACUGUCAAACAGCUCUUGCUGUCAGGAAGUUCUUCCUAAUGUUUAGGUGGAAUCUUCUUUCUUGUAGUUUGGAUCCAUUGCUCCGUGUCCGCUUCUCUGGAGCAGCAGAAAACAACCUUUCUCCCUCCUCUAUGUGACAUCCUUUUAUAUAUUUGAACAUGGCUAUCAUAUCACCCCUUAACCUCCUCUUCUCCAGGCUAAACAUGCCCAGCUCCCUUAGCCGUUCCUCAUAAGGCAUCAUUUCCAGGCCUUUGACCAUUUUAGUUGCCCUCCUCUGGACAUGUUCCAGUUUGUCAGUGUCCUUCUUGAACUGUGGUGCCCAGAACUGGACAGAGUACUCCAGGUGAGGUCUGACCAGAGCAGAAUACAGUGGCACUAUUACUUCCCUUGAUCUAGAUGCUAUACUCCUAUUGAUGCAGCCCAGAAUUGCAUUGGCUUUUAGCUGCCGCGUCACACCGUUGGCUCAUGUCAAGUUUGUGGUCAACCAAGACUCCUAGAUCCUUUUCACAUGUACUGCUCUCAAGCCAGGUGUCACCCAUCUUGUAUUUGUGCCUCUCAUUUUUUUUGCCCAAGUGCAAUACUUUACAUUUCUCCCUGUUAAAAUUCAUCUUGUUUGUUUUGGCCCAGUUCUCUAAUCUGUCAAGAAGCCCAGGAUGUCAAUAUUUAUUCUUGCCAUCUCAUUUUUGACCACAUCCAACUUACCCAAGUUCAUGGUUCUUACGUUCCAGGUUCCUAUGCAAUAUUUUUCUUUACAGCAUUGGACUUUCCUUUCGCUUCCAGGCAUAUCCGCAACUGAGCAUCCUUUCGGCUUUGGCCCAGCCACUUCAUCAGCUCUGAAUCUACUUGUACUUGUCCUUUGUUCUUCCUCAGUAGCAUGUUGGACGCCUUCUGACCUGAGGGGCUCAUCUUCCAGCAUCAUAACUUUUCUAUGCCUGUUGUCUUUGUCCAUGGAGUUUUCUUGGCAGGGAUACUGGAGUGGCUUGCUGGUUCCUGCUCCAGGUGGAUUACGUUUAGUCAAAACUCUCCACUAUGACCUGUCCAUCUUGGGUGGCCCUGCACGGCGUAGCUCAUAGCUUCUGAGUUGUUCAAGCCCCUUCGCCAUGGCAAGGCAGUGAUCCCUGAAGGGGAGAGCAGCCUUUAUGCUCACUUAAAACUUGGCUGUAGAAAGAACCCUCUAACUGCCACUGUAAUCCAGAUUCAGUGUUUCCACUGUGAUAUAGCAGUGGGGGAGUACAGAACUUAGAGGCUUGGCAUGCAGGGAGCAGGGAGUGCAUUUCAUGAGUUAAUUUCUACCCACAAUUUACUUUUUUUGCUUUGGGGUCUUUUUAACAGCUUGUUGGUCAAAAGAACACCUCGAAGUGUAGGAUACCGUCCUGACUGUAAGUGAAGAGCUCAGUGCACCUUAAAAUAUAUACAUUUUUAAAGCAAUGUAAAAAUCUCUAUAUUCAGAUUGAAAGUAGAUGAAAUUUGACUGCAGGGAGUCACUGGCCUAAAGAACAAUUGUAAUGUUACAAAAUGGGAGGGAUAUAUGUGGACAGAAAAGAAUUAUAGGAGCUGGAGCAGAAUUAAGGAGAGUGACCUGGCCUCUGUGGAUAUGUACUGUACUUGGUUUGCAGUGUGUUUAAGUAGAGAUACCUGAAGGACUUGUGAAAUGGGUAACGGUGCAAUCCUGGGCAUAUUUACUCCAAACUGUGUUCAGUGGGGCUUUCUCCCUAUUAAAUGUGUUUAGGAUUGCAGCUUAAAUUGCAGCUUUUGCAAUAAUUUAACUCCUUUCAGUGGUAUGUGUUUUUCCACUCAUUUGGGGCCUUGUCAUCUAGUCCCUACCGUGACGCGGGUGGCGCUGUGGGUUAAACCACAGAGCCUAGGACUUGCUGAUCAGAAGGUCGGCAGCUCGAAUCCCCGUGACAGGGUGAGCUCCCGUUGCUCGGUCCCUUCUCCUGCCAACCUAGCAGUUCAAAAGCACGUCAAAGUGCAAAUAGAUAAAUAGGUCCCGCUCCGGCAGGAAGGUAAACGGCGUUUCCGUGCGCUGCUCUGGUUCGCCAGAAGCGGCUCAGUCAUGCUGGCCACAUGACCUGGAAGCUGUACGCUGCCUCCCUUGGCCAAUAAAGCGAGAUGAGCGCCGUAACCCCAGAGUCGGCCACGACUGGACCUAAUGGUCAGGGGUCCCUUUACCCUUUACCCUUUACCACCUAGUCCCUACUGUCUCACUCCUUUGGACAAUGGUGUAGCUUUUCCCUGUAUCAAAAUGUACUGUCAGUUUUAUGUCUCCCUGUUUUAUCCUUGUUACAUUUUUUAAACAAUGCCAAUAGGCAGCAUUAUCAAAUAGGAAACUGGUUAUGAAUAAUCCAAAUAAUGUAAUAUGAUUAUCUAAACAUUGCCCAAAUUUAACAUACUGAUGAAUUCUGGCUCUUUUUCAGUUGUUGGGUUUGAAGUACCAGAUAAGUUUGUGGUGGGAUAUGCUCUAGAUUACAAUGAAUACUUCAGAGAUCUAAAUGUAAGUAAUGAACAAAGAUUGUCUUCUGUAUAAAUUGAGGAAGAGUAUUUCCCCCCCUGCUCCCCUUCUGCCUGAUCUUUACUGUCAAGUAGGAACGUAGGAAACUGGCUUAUGCAGAGUCAAACCACUGGUCCAGUAUUUUCAGUGCUGACUGACAGAACUUCCCAGGGUUCAAGGCAGAAGGUCUUUUCCAUUCAUAACUGGGGAUACUGGGAAUUGAGCCUGGGGCCUUCUGCAUGCAAAACAGAUGCUCUGCCACUAAGACACAGCCCCCCUUCCCCUUGGUGCAACAUUUCCUUUGCUUCUUUUACCGGUGGGUAGAGAAAUGCCAGAAUGAGGUUUUCGGCAGACGCAUAUUCUGCUCUUGGGGAACCCCAGGCUCUGCUGGCCAUAAACUUUACAGGCACAUAAUGGGGUGGAGGGAGCUUACGCACACUCCCCACGCAGAAGGGCUGUUUCCUGUAUUUCCCACCAAGAUCCGUUGGGCUCCCAAACAACCCCAUUAACCUGACAGCAGUUUAGGUUCUCCUCCAACCUCAAUUCUAUAUCCUUAAGCCUUAUUGGUCAAGUGUGACAUUUCCCAGGAGAGAUGGGCAGAGAGCCUGUCUCAAAGCAGUUUUUGCCAAAAGGGCUAACAAGUAUUUACUGAAUUUCUAUUGAUGUUUUUAAUUAUUUUCUUAUAUAUAUUUAUAUUUUAUUAUAGUUUGUAUGUUGUAAGCUUCCUUGGUAUACUUUAUGAAAGUGGAAUGUAAACAUUAAUAAUAAUAAUAAUAAUAAUAAUAAUAAUAAUAAUAAUAAUUUAUUAUUUGUACCCCGCCCAUCUGGCUGGGUUUCCCCAGCCACUCUGGGCGGCUUCCAUAGAAACCAAAAAUACAGUAAAAUAUCACAGAUUAAAACCUUCCCUGAACAGGGCUGCCUUAAGAUGUCUUCUAAAUGUCAGGUAGUUAUUUAUAUUAUAUAUAAUAUAGAUAAUAAAUAUAUUAAUAAUAAUAAUAAUAAUAAUAUAUAAUAAAUAAUAAAAUAUUUUAUAUAUAUAUAUAUAUAUAUAUAUAUAUAUAUAUAUAUAUAUAUAUAAAAUUAAUAAUAAUAAUAAUAAUAAAAUGGCCAUUUUAGAAUCUGCUGAGGUGGGCAGGUGAGGCAGCUGACAUAGCUGCUGUUGUUUUAAAUAUCCAUGCAGCCAAGCUGAUGCUAGUGUUACAGAAUAUCAUAAUUUUGUGGCUUGCUGUAAUUAGACUGAAUAGCUACCCCUUCAGGUUCCAUUCCUGAUGAUAAUGAGGUAAAAGGAGCCCUGCAGCUUCGUCAGUGAAAGGUCCAUUUCUCCAUCACCCUGUUUCACACAGUGGUCUGUCUCUAGGCUUCCUUCUGCGAAGCCCACCAGGCACUAGGCCUUUUCUGCUGUGGCACCACCCCUCUCACCACCCCAGGCAGCUGUAACUCAGAGAUGCGCUGCCUCUGAACCUGGUUAUGAUGGUGAACUGCCAUGGACUUUGCCUAACCCUCUUCUAAAGCUGUUUGAGCUACUUGCCAUCCCCAUAUCCUGUUGCUGUGUAUUUGGAAAGUUAAUUAUGUGUUUUGUAAAGAAGUCUUUUACUUCUUUGUCUGUCCUGAAUUUAUUGUCAGUUUUAUUAGGGGAUCCGAAAUUCAAGUAUUAUGAGCUGAGGGGAGAUUUUCUGUACUCCAAGCUUAAUUUUAUGAACCUCUCUCACAAUGUUGUGUUUCCCCACCAACACCACAGUAAUUUUUUUUCCUAAACUAGAAAUAAGAACAGAAGAUUUAAAAAAAAAAAAGUACUGUCCUUUUCACCCUUCCUGUGUCAGCUUGUCCAGGGUUUGCAGCUGCUGUCUCUCAGACUAACAGGUUCUGUGCUUCACUCUCCACCAUUUCUUUUUAUCAUGAGCUGUCAGGGGUCUUUUCCAUUACCUUUUUUUUAUUAUUUUACAGAAGGGUAGUCAGUCCUUGAGGGGUAAAUUUAUACACAUUAAUUAGUCACGGAUACAAUUCUAAAAGAAUGUGAAAUGUUGCAGUUGAUUUGGAAAAGAGUAAUUCAGAAUCAAGGACUUGUGAAGUGCUCAGUUGCUCCUAAAUACAAGUUUCAAGAGUUGGAAAUGUUGGAUUCUUUUAAAAACUGAAGGAUUAAUUAUUUGGAAAUAAAUUCACCUAAUAAUUUGUCACUGCAGGGAAUAGAGCUACUUACCCUGGGAGUCAUUAGUGGCUGAUAAGAUGGUGGUUAUUCUGUGAACUCUUCCUGUCAGCAAAAGGAUUACCCUAGCAAAAUGGGGCUUCUCCCCCACUCCUCCCCAGAUCUUCUCCAGAGCGUUGGGAAAACCCCUAGAACUGAUUUAGGGGACUCAUGGGGGAAGGGAGGAGGGGAAGUUGUGUUGCAGAAGAAUAAAUCUUUGUGCUGAUUGAACUUACUGUUAUUCUUAUUAUUUAUUAAAUUUGUAUACUGCUCUAUACCUGCAGGUUACAUAGCCCUACGUUGAAUGCAUCCCAAGAAUUCUAAGGCAAUUCUAACAUAGAAAGGAAAGUGUAUGGUGACAGGGCUUUAUAGUGGGAAGGAUAGGUCCUUAUUUGAAGGACCCCCUAGAAAUGCAGAGCCAACUCUUUGGGCAGUGUUGGAGAAGAGAGAGAGGCACCCCGUGCUGGGGCAGGGAAGGAGCUAUGCCAGGACUGCAGCAAUGCCUCCACUCACUUCCUUUUCUCCUUCCAAAAAGAGGGUGCUCUGCUUAGGGCAUCUACUGGGGCAGUUCCUCACGCCCCCAGUGUAUUUAUGAAGAACGGGAUGAGCUUCUCUCAUGUUGAAGGCCCUAGUGGGAGAUGUCCCCUGGGUCCUAUUUCUUGGUCACACUCAGUGGUAACAGGCUCUGCAGAGUGUUUGUUCAUCUCCUAGCUGUUAAACUCCUAAUCCACACAGUGCUUUUACCCUCUCUCUUUCAGCACAUUUGUGUCAUAAGUGAGACUGGGAAACAGAAAUACAAGGCAUGACAGCAGUUGCUCCAGCACCACAGUUACGGGACUUUGAAAUGUGCAUCCACAGUGUCCAUUUUCCUCUGCCUUUGGCUCUGGUCACCAGCUUACAAUUGUAGAGUUCUCCAACUUUGUUGUCAUUUGCUUGCUAUAACUUAUUGCAUGUACAGUAUAAUAACCUCGUCUUGUUCAUUUACAUUUGAGAAACAAAAAGGGGGUGCCGUUGUGUGUUCUCUCUUUCUCUUUCCUUUUUUAAGAAAAUUGCACUAUGAAUCUACUGAUUCUAGCUCCUUUCCUAGUGGGAUUUGCUGUGUGUUUGACCCCCAAACAUAUCCCUCCCUCCCCGCUUUUAAACUUCAGAACUCAAAUAGUUUUAAGUACUGUAAAUGUAUAAGGCAUUUUAAGAUGGGAAAUAUUUUUUUUAAAAAACCAAGUAAUUUAAGUUUUAUAUAGUAAUGAAAGCAGAAAUUAAGGUGAUUAUUGGAUAUCCAGGGUGUGCCACCGCCCUACAACAGAGGCACGAUGCUCUUGAAGGAGUAUGGAUAAUGUUAUGCUAAACUGCUUUCUCUGUAGUUGCCUUACUUGCCUCUUACAGGAGCUCUGCACAAAAAAUAAUGCCAUUUCAGCCUGAAAAGAGAGCAAGUGACAUAUAGAAUGUUGAAGCAGCUACCAGGCUUUUCACCUCCUAUAAAAUUAAUUGUAUAGUCCACCUGGAACUUCUCUUACACAAACCCAAGGGGAGAAGAAAAUGGGAAUUGAUUCACAUCAGGAUUGUCCCCUCCAAGCUCCAGGUGGAUUCUGUCUUAAUUUUCCUUUCCCUUCUCCAUCAGUUGAGCAAAACUGCCUUUCAGAACUAUCUUCCUGUAUUUCACCUCAAUGAAAAAUGAUUGUAAUGUUGACUGUAUGCACAACCAACAUACUUUUAAAUAAAGGCUGUUUCUCCAAAGGUAGCACCUUGAUGACUGUGCUGGCCUCUUCCAUCUGCCAAAACAUCUGCGGUACAUAUGCCUCCUCAGGGUUCGCUGCACCUUCCCUCUCUGUUGAAGGAAGCAAGGUCUGUGGGCCCCAGGCAGAGGGCACAGCACUCUGCACUAGAUGAAACCAGUGCAACCAGUGCCCUGGCAAAGAUCAGUUGUUCACUAAGCACCCAUGUGUGGGCCAUCAGAGGAUGCUUUGCAAGUUAUCCUUUUAUUCUUUUUCCCCUUAGCUUGUUUCUUUGGGGGCUUUUUCAAAUGGGUGGUUGGUUCUCUAUUGCUCUUUCCAGGUAGGAAUUUUAUUGAGCCACAUCAGAAAUGCAUUGAAGUGCUGGGCAACCAAAACUACCUUUUAGUUUACUUCUCCCCUCUCACAGGUAAAGUCAUGGUUCUGUGUCUUUUUAAGUCAUUCAGUUACUGCUGUGCAAUGAAGAUUUAAAGUGUCGUGUUUUGCUCUUGCCAGGCCAUUGCUUCAAAAGAGUAGAGGUGGUGCUUUGAAACUGCAGUUCAGGGUUGCCCCACCUCUGACCCCCCUGCAUUUUACAGAGACCUCCGCCUUCUGUUGAACCUUGCAAAAGCAGAUUUUAUGGUAGCUGAUAUGUUGAUGCAUUUGAACGUUGCUCUUGCCUCAGCUGGCAGUAAAGCUUCAGUGGGAAGAGAUUAAGAUGAUGGCUGAGCAUCAAACUUCAGUGUAAACUUAGUAAAUUACAGUACAGUACAAUCCACAUCUCAUUGCAGCCAAAUUGGACAGAUCAGAAAGGUUUAAAAUCAUCACCAAAAUAAUUGUUUGGUUAAUUUAAAGCAAAAUUGCUCCUCCAUUUGGCAAACUGUAUGUCUUCACCAUCCAUUUGGUUGUCAGUUUGGGUCACUGUUUUUCAACCUAGUCACCCUGUCUUUUGGGUCAUGGCCCCAUUGGUCUUGUUUCUUUACACUUGCAUUUUGGCCUUCAGCACUGUGGAUUUCUUCAGAGGGCCCUCAGAGUCUCAGUUACCUAGCUUCUGUGCUCUUUUGCUCAUCCCUCUUCCAAAAGAAUAAAUUGCCUAUUCUGC